CGCAGAUAAGUUUCUGAAACAAUUCCUCGAUUCAUUAUUUCGCGCCAAUCCGGAAUUAGACCGAGAAUGGCUGCCAAACUGGAAGGGUAUAAAUUUUCAGUUCUGUUCCUUUCAGUGUUGAAUUUCUUGUACCGCUUAUCGUUCCUCUCCUAUUUCAUCAUGCCACGUAGAGAGAGCGAGAGAAAAACCAUAAAACAUAAACGGUGCAACACAAGUUCAGCUGUGAUUGUAAAAGGAGCACGAACACACUGAUUUUUGUUGACACAUGAAAAAUGGCUGCCGCCGCGCGACCGCGUGUUUUGUAGCAUUAGCGUAACGAAUUUACGUUUAAUCGGUUUAUCUGCGAAAUGACGACCUGUUACACCGCAUGUUCGUGCAACCGCGUUCCUCAUUGCGCCGACUGGGGCAUCAACGGGUUGCUUUGCUUCGGGACGCGAAAUGCGAUCGCUAUAUAUGAGCCACGCGCGCACAUCGGCCGCGUGACGCACACGCUGCACCGGCAUCGUGAUCGUGUCAACGCGGUGCAAUGGAUAAAGCCGAGAAACGGCGCGCCGGAAUCGGAACUGCUGUCUGCUUCCGUGGACGGUACAGCGAUUAUUUGGACUCGAGAUCGAAAUGAGUUUCGAUGUACUUCAGUGUUGAAUGUAGAGAGCACGGUUGUCUUUGCAGAAUCUCUCCAAUUGUCCGACAAUGUUCCGGCUGUCACGUUGGCGAAACUAUUGAUAUGCACAGGUGCAGUCAACGGCAACAUAAAACUAUGGUUGAGAGAGGAAAAUGCGGAUGCCAAGCAUAUUCAAUCUAUAAAUUUUGGAAGAAAGUUACCCAUAUGCUGUCGUUUGACACAUAUGCCAAACUCUACAUAUUCCCUUUUGGCAAUAGCCUUAGAAGAUGCUUCUGUUUUGUUGUAUACCACAAAAUUUAAUGCAAAAUCUGAAUCGGAACCAUUCUUUGAAAGAGCUCAGUAUUUAGUUGGACACGAAGAUUGGAUAACGUGCAUGGAUUUCACUUGGGAUGGCAAUGAAAAUCUCUUCCUUGCAACAGGCUCGAAAGACAGCAUGAUACGAUUAUGGAAAAUCAGUAAAACUGCUGAAGAAUCAUCGAGUGAUGAACUUAAACAGGAAAGUUAUACUUUUGCGGUGGACGAUAGACAAUAUGAUAUUACUCUGGAAACUGUGCUCUGCGGCCACGAAGGCUGGGUUUAUGGCGUACACUGGCAACCUAUAAAAACAGAUAAUUGUGAAACAAUGAAGUUGCUAUCUGCUUCAAUUGAUAAAACUAUGAUUAUAUGGGAGCCAGCUGAGCUUAUGAAUGGAAUAUGGACAGAGACGGUACGCGUCGGAGAAGUCGGUGGUAAUUCCCUGGGCUUUUAUGGCUGUAAAUUUGGCCCAGAUGGAUCACAUAUAUUGGCAUAUGGUUACCAAGGUUCUUUUCAUAUCUGGAAAUAUUCUCAGAAAAUGAACAAGUGGCUUCCACGUCCUACACCUGGUGGACAUUUCUCUGAAGUAGUUGACUUGUGUUGGGAACCAAAAGGAAGGUUUUUCAUCACAGCUAGUACUGAUCAAACUACAAGAAUUCAUGCGCCAUGGAAAGAUAAUGACGGACUUGAGCAAUGGCAUGAGAUUGCACGUCCUCAGGUACAUGGAUAUGAUAUGACCAGUUUAACUAUAUUAGCACCUCACAUGUAUGUUUCUGGAGCGGACGAAAAGGUAGUGCGCAUUUUUAUGGCCACGUCUGCCUUUAAGAAUCAAUUAUUACAAUUGGCCAAUGUUGAAGAUUUCAAAUCUGUAAAGGCCCAUAGUGCUGCUGUACCUUCUCUUGGAUUAACAAAUAAAGCAAUGUGCCACGAGAAAAAUGAUGAAGACACAAAGAAUUCAAUGAUGGAAAAUGUAUAUGAACCACCUACAGAAGAGGAACUGAUGCAAAAUACCCUUUGGCCAGAAAUAAACAAGCUUUACGGACAUGGCUAUGAAAUAUUCUGUAUGGCAGCAAGACACAAUGGAGAAUUGCUAGCUACAGCAUGCAAAUCAACUACUCAAGAACACUCGGCAAUCUUAUUAUGGAAUACCAACACCUGGUCACAAGUUCAACAAUUGGUACAUCAUCAAUUGACUGUGACGCAAAUGGAGUUCUCUCCAAAUGACAAAUAUUUAUUAUCUGUAUCUAGAGACAGAAGAUGGGCAUUAUUUCAAACUACAGAUGGAGGUUACGAAUUAAUCGCAGCCAGUUUUAAAAAGGACAAUCCACACUCGCGAAUAAUUUGGUGUUGCGCUUGGACGCAAGACUCGAAUUAUUUCGCAACUGGAUCCAGAGAUGGAAAAGUCGUUAUAUGGUCCACGAGCAUGAUAGAAAAUAAUACCAUUGUACCAAAGACGAUUCUGAACAUGCAAAGCCAAUCAAUUACAGCAUUAUGCUUUGCACCAAAUUACAUCAUACAAGGAUCUUAUCUUUUAGCUAUUGGAUACGAAAUAGGAUGCAUAGAAAUUCAAAAAAUUAAUAUGGAGUUGGAAAAUGUAUGGUCAAAACUGUUGGAGUAUGAUACUUCUCAAGCUCAUCAUUUAACUGUGAAGAGACUUAUGUUUCGACCUACAAAUGAUUUACAUAAUUUCCAAUUAGCAAGUUGUAGUUCUGACCAUUCUGUUAAGAUAUAUGAUAUUAAAUUAUCAUCAUUAGAACUAUAAUUAUAAAUUUUUAUAAGAUGCUUGCAUGAAAUAUAAAUCUUGAGUAAAUCUCUAAAAAAAA